AUGUCUCCCCGUAUCGAAAAAUUCCCUCAUGGCAACUACCACCAAUUCGUCGUGCGCGGUCGCCCAUUCUUCCCGCUCGCGGCCGAGCUGAACAAUUCCUCCCUCUCCUCGUCGGAGUACAUGCACGGGGUAUGGUCUCGACUCAAAGAUCAGGGCUUCAACACUCUGCUGGGAAGCGUAACUUGGGAACAGAUCGAGCCUACAGAGGGAGUGUUCGACUUCACUGAGCUCGAUCGGGUGGUCGAGGAUGCAAAGAGGCACGAUAUGCACCUGGUCUUGCUCUGGUUCGGGUCGUUCAAGAACGGACAAUCCACCUACAUCCCACCUUGGGUCAAGACCAACGACAAACGAUUCCCCCGCGUCCGGAUCAACAAAGACGACUCUCUGCAAGUCCGCGAAGUCCUCUCCAUCUUUUCCCAGACUUCGAUCGACGCCGAUGCCAAAGCAUUCACCGCUCUCUUGUCUCAUCUCAAAGAGAUCGACCCUUCAGGUGGGGAAGAGACGGUCAUCGCCGUCCAGGUCGAGAACGAGGUCGGCCUACUAGGAGAUUCUCGGGAUAGGGGCGAGUUGGCCGAGAAGGCCUUCCAGAGCGCUGUACCUUUGGACCUGGUUAAGAAGCUGGAAGAGCAGUGGGACUUGCUCAACGAGGAGCUCAAAUCAAACCUGGCUCAUUUCCGCAAGACCUUGAGCUCGACUGCAGGUCCUGGACGGGAUAACCUCUCUUGGGGACAACUCUUUGGCGAAUCGCCUCAGACGGACGAGAUCUUCAUGGCCUACCACUACGCCCUAUACCUGGACCAGGUCGCCUCUUCCGGCGACUCGGGGUCGAAAAACAAGAUCCCUCUAUACACAAACGCCUGGCUUCGUAACACCUCCGGCGCCCCCGGUUCGAAUACUACGGUGACCGACGGUAUCUCCCCCGGAGAAUACCCCUCGGGCGGGCCUAUAGAGACAGUGCUAGACAUCUGGCAAACGUUCGCUCCCAACCUAGAUUUCCUCGCUCCGGACAUUUACAUGCCCGACUACCCUUCCACCUGCGCUGCGUACAAGCACCGUGGCCAACCCUUGUUUAUUCCUGAACAGCGGGGAGACACAUUCGGUGCGAUCCGGAUGUGGGAAGCCAUCGGGUCUUAUGGAGCUUUGGCUUGUUCGCCGUUUGGAAUCGAUACCCUGCCCGAGGGGAUGAACGGGAUGAAGAGGCAUUUGGAGUUACUAAAAAAGGUCGCGCCGAUCAUCUUGGAGGCGAGGAAAGAGGAUCGACCUAUGACGGGUUUCUUCUUCGACGAACUCCCUCCCGCCACUCAGGAUGAAGAGAAGGCGAAAGACCCCUCCCCCGAACGUGAAGUCACCUUCGGUAAAUGGACCCUGACUAUCUUCCGAGCUCACGUAUUCGGGAACCCAGCGGCGGGGUACGGCCUGAUCAUCCAGCUCUCUCCCGAUCGGUUCUUACUCAUCGGCGAAGGUUUCCAAAUCUCCUUCGCGCACACCGACCCGAAAGCGACUUAUUCUGGAAUCUUGUCGUUCGUCGAGAAGGACAUCGAAAACAACACCAACAUGGUCGACGAUGGCAAGACGGAGUUGCGUACGGUCAGAAUGUUGAACGGGGACGAGACGAGGUCGGGUACGGUGGCUGUCAUGCCUAGCGAAUCGCCCGAGUAUGGGGUGGUUCCCGUAGCUAUCCUCAUCCCGGCUGUGACGAGGAUCGCAGAGGUUCAGGCUUGUGCGUUGGGACUAUGAGGUAGCGGAAGAGUCCCGUUCUUAGCUGUAAGAUAUAAGACAUGUGAUUCGGACGACUUCAGGAACGAUAGCUUAUCAGUGUACAGUUGAGUGAAC